UUCGGGGUGGGGGGAUGGGGGUCGGAGGAUCGCGGGGUCAUCUUCCGCCUCUCUCUGCGCAGACCUUGGUGAGCUUGCACAGCUUGGUGAGGCCGACGAGGAGCCCAGGAACGGUGCAGGUAGGAGUCGUGGCACUUGUUCCCAUUUGGUCUAGUGACUGCUUUAAUUUCAACCCAGCAUCUAGGAAGAGAGAAAAAGUAAUCAAAUUCUCAUGAACAAAUAUGAUAAAAAUCAAACCUUUGCACAGCUUGCACGCUGGAAGGUUUUUGAUGCAGAGACUAGAUGGUAAGUUGGUAACUGGCUGUGCUUGUUGCUCACACUCAUUCUAUGAAAAACAUAAUUUUUCUUCUUUUCAGAUAUGCUGCAGAGGGAUUGUUCUGGCACUGCCUGCAUCCUUUAUUUUUACUAGUUGGUACUUUGCUGCUGCCUGCCUAGCAUAUUCAGAUAUGCUGCUUCCUGCCUAGCAUAUUCAGUUCCUAUGAGUUUGGUACUUUGCUUGCUGAUUCAAAUUUACCAUCUUUACUAGUUGAUGCCUUGAUUGUAUGAUUAUAUAUAUGCACGUUGUUGGAAUAGUAGAUGUGUACUGCGUCAUUGUUUGGGGAAUUCCUUAUUUAGCUUGCUUUUCUGAAAAUGCAUGGGUUAAACUAACAGCUACCCUAUGCAUCUUUAAUAGGCUGCAUCGUUGCUAUUACAAAUGAUGUCAAUUAGUAUAUCAGAGGGGUCUGGAACUUGUGCUAAUGAAGAGGCUGAUACAACUUCGACUCCACGUUGUAUUCGUUCCGCUGUUUGGGAACACUAUAAGACUUGGUUGAUGUGGAUGGUGAGCUAAAAGCAGUUUGCAAGUAUUGCCACCUGAAAUUGGUUACCAAAUCAGGAACUAGCAGUCUCAGAAGCCAUAUUGCCAAUGCAUGUCCAGCGAUUGACAGUGCUGUCAGAAAGGGCUUUCAAGCAUCCAUGAUCAAGCAAUCAAUUGAUAAAAUUUUUGUCUUUGAUGCCCAACUCUGUCGUGAACGGAUGAUUGAUUUUAUCAUCCAUGCUGAAAUUGCUUUCCUAAAGUUUGAAGAUCCUUACCUGCAGCCUUGGAUAGAUUCAAUGCAGCCAGCUUUCAAGGUUAAGGGGCGUCAAACGAUCCGUAAUGAUUGCUGGAAGAAAUAUGAAGAGAUGAAGAAAGAGCUUCAAGAUGAACUUCGAUGUUCGGAUUCUCAUGUUUGCUUAACUUCUGAUAUAUGGACAUCAAGCCAGAAUAUUGGAUACAUGGUGAUAACAGCUCAUUAUAUUGAUCCUAAAUUCAAUGUCAAGAAAAAAAUAAUAAGUUUCAAAGAAUUGAAGUAUCCACACUCUGGUUUUGCCAUUGAGGAAGCCAUUGCAAGUUGUGUCACAAAUUGGGAUAUUAGAGAGAAAAUAUUCAAUUUGACACUAGACAAUGCAAGCAACAACACCUCAGCAUGUACAGAAUUGAAAGCAACUCACAAGCGUGUAUUGCUGUUUGAAGGUGAGCACCUUCAUGUGAGGUGUUGUGCUCAUAUUCUCAAUCUUUUGGUUCAAGAUGGCAUGAAACUUAUUCAUUCAGCAAUAAAGAAGCUUCGUGAGUUAUUAAAGUAUAUCGACUCUUCUCCAUCAAGAAUCCAAGAGUUCAACACACUUGCAAACGGAAUGGGUUUGGCCUCCAAGGCAGGAAUAUACAUUGACAUACCAAACAGGUGGAAUUCGACCUACAAAAAGCUUAGAGAAGCAAAGGCUUACAAAGAUACACUCAAUGCUUAUGCAAAUAGAAACUUUGAAGAAUCUCUGAAUGAGGAUGAGUGGAAGAAGGCAGAAGCACUUUGUGAAUUUCUUAAAGCUUUUGAAGAGCUCACACUUGUUGUGUCUGCACACAGGAAGCCUACAGCAUGAAGUACUGGACGAUUGAGCAGGGUCUUCUUGUUACGUGUUGUCGGUCGCGAUGGAGCAGGGUCUUCUUGAGCAAGCUGGAGGCAGGGUGUCUUUGUCAGAGCAAGCUGGAGGCAGGAGAUUAAUAAGACCAAAGAGCUUCUAUAUUGUAGAAAGGGCCAAGUCUGGUGUCGAGAAGAACAUGUAACUUAAGCGUUUAGCUUGUGUUUUGGCAAAGGAUCUGUUGAUUUUCAUGGAAGCUUAUUGUUUAUGUUGCAACAAUUUGGUACUCGAUGUUAGACCAUAUGUGUGUGUGCUUUUGAUUUCUGAUCAGCUAACUUUCUUAAGAUUGUGAAUUCGCUUAUUGUCAGUUUGCCACUGAAAAGAGAAGCACAGUUAGAUACUUCUCUGA